UCGUUUUUAAUGUUUGAUGAACAAAAAGAAAAUGAAUGUAGGUUAUGUUGCAAAUGUUUACUGAAAAUCUAUAAUACACGUUACAUAAACUAUAGAUUUUCAGUAUUGAUAUGUAUAUCGGAACUGAGGCUUGUGUCAUGCGUGAGAGAUAUUUCGUUUUCAAAUUUUUAGAUAUGUUAUAAAAAUAGUUAUGUAAUGAAAACAUUCAUGAAAAACACUACUGUAGCCAAUAUCUAAUGAUACGAAAUAUAUAUACGUACGCAUGUAUAAGUUUGUUAUCGCCACAAUGGCACAUUGACGAAUGACACAGUGACAAAUGAUAACAUGGCGUCUAAUGACAUCAUUCGCAAAUAUUAAUUAUUAAAGAUUUAUAAGACAAAAAAUUAAGUGAGCAUCUCAUAAAAAAAAAUACAUUACAAUACAAAUUUGUCAAUUUACAUUCCGUAUCAAUAAUGCGAUGUAAGGAAGAAUAGUCCAUGUGUAACACAAGUUGGUGAACACGUAGCAAACUUGCGUCUGUCAAACUUCUUACGUGGCAAUAAUUAUCACCGAGAUAUCAAAUUUCGUUUUAAGACGGUGAUACGGAACGUAAGCCUCGCGUAUGUCAUCAAGAAGGUAAUGAUAAAUACAUAAUUGUGAUUAUAAUGAAUUCAUAGAAAUGCAUGAAAAGAAGAAGAAAUUGCAAACUAUGCGUGCUUUAAUACUUGUGGGUGGUUAUGGAACCAGAUUACGACCUCUUACAUUAAGUCGACCUAAACCACUUGUCGAAUUUGCAAAUAAACCAAUGCUUCUACAUCAAAUUGAAGCAUUAGUACAGACAAAUGUAUCUGAAGUUAUAUUAGCUGUUUCUUAUCGGGCGCAGCAAAUGGAAGAAGAGUUGGUUCAUGGCAAAAAACUAGGAGUGCAACUCAUUUUUUCUCAUGAACCGGAACCAUUGGGUACUGCCGGACCACUUGCGCUCGCGCGUGAAUAUUUAUGUGCCAGUGAUGACCCAUUUUGUUUAAACUCUGAUAUCAUUUGCGAUUUUCCUUUUAAACAGCUUCUUGAAUUUCAUGAAAAUCAUGGUAAAGAAGGAACCAUAGUCGUUACUAAAGUAGAAGAACCAUCAAAAUAUGGUGUGGUUGUAUAUGGAGAAGAUGGAAAGAUUGAGAGUUUUGUUGAAAAGCCACAAGAAUUCAUAUCUAAUAAAAUUAACGCAGGUAUGUACAUUCUUAAUCCAAGUGUAUUAAACAGAAUAGAAUUGAAACCUACGAGUAUUGAAAAGGAAAUCUUUCCAAGUAUGGCUCAGGAUGGAGAAUUAUAUGCUAUGGAAUUGCCAGGUUUCUGGAUGGAUGUGGGACAACCUAAAGACUUCCUCACAGGAAUGUCUAUGUAUCUUGCCUCAUUAAGGCAAAAGCAUCCUGAACAGCUUCAUUCUGGGCCUGAUAUAGUAGGCAACGUCUUAAUAGAUCCAACGGCUAAAAUUGGCAAAGAUUGUAGAAUCGGACCCAAUGUCACGAUAGGACCUGGUGUCACUUUAGCUGAUGGAUGUUGUAUUAAGCGAAGUACUAUUCUUAAGGCAGCUGUAAUAAAAGAACAUGCUUGGCUGGAUGGUUGUAUCGUUGGAUGGAGAAGCGUCGUAGGACGAUGGGUGCGAAUGGAAGGUACAACUGUAUUAGGAGAGGAUGUUAUCGUGAAAGAUGAAUUGUAUAUUAAUGGCGGACAAGUUUUGCCGCAUAAAAACAUUUCCACUUCUGUACCAGAACCGCAGAUCAUUAUGUGACUACGAUUCAUAGUCUGAAUUGGAAUCAGUAAUGGCAAUAAUCGACGGAAAUAUCACUAUAAAAAGCUUUUAAUAGUUUUUAUAAUACACUUAAAUAUAGCAUUCUUUAGUCAAUUUUGUUAUUUUUAUAUAAAGCUCUAAAAAAGAUCUUCAUAUCAAAGUAUUAAAAGUAAAAUACAAUUUUGCUUUAUAAGAUUCACUAUAUUUUUUUGUUUUGUCUUUCGGAAAAUAACCGCUUUAUACACGACUUAAAAAUAUAAAUUACCUUGUAUCUCAGCAUUAUAAAAAUAUAAUUUAUGAUAUCGA